UGAGGAAGGAGAAGAAGAAGAACCUCAGACCGGCGGCACCAAGAUGGCGGAACCGAUCUCCGUCGGGGUGAAUCUGGACGCCUUCUCUCACGCCAUCAGCGGCAUCCAGGCGCUGCGCUCCAGCGUCAGCCGCGUGUUCGAGUCCCUGAAGGACGGAAUGAAAAACCGCGAGACUUUGGAAGGCCGCGAGAAGCAGUUCAUCUCCGAGUUCCAGGACACCCUGCAGGCCGUCAACAGGGACCUCAAUGAGCUGGAGCGUCUCAGUGGUCUGGUCGGACGUCCCUCAGAGUCCCACCCUCUUCAUAACAGCGGCCUGCUCAGUCUGGACCCGGUCCAGGAUAAAACUCCUCUCUACUCUCAGCUGCUGCAGGCCUACAAAUGGUCCAACAAGCUGCAGUACCACGCCGGUCUGGCCUCCAGCCUGUUGAACCAGCAGUCCCUCAAGAGAUCG